AUGAACACUGCUGUUGUGCGACCUCUGCUUGAUCACCUUUACGAUCCAGACGACGUUUCAAUUGGUAAGUCAUCUAAUAUCGCAUUCUGUAACAGUUCUGAUUUCCACCANGUUUGGUGUCUCCUGGUCAAUCGCGUCCAGUUUCUUCGUCAGCAGUCAUUCCAAGCUCAUCACCAAACUGUCAACAUUACUCGUGCCAAUUUGUGCGAGGUUCUGGCCAGUCGAAUCUUGCGCCGAUUCGACGAGGAUCACAGCGGUCGUGAAGGACUUCUGACUCUUGCCAAUGUCUUGGUAUCUGGAUUCGAACCGUUCCAGAAUGCCCCUCCGUCAGUUGACAGAGGCAAGCGACCUCACUCUGCACUUGCUGAGAGCUGGUUCGCUUCAGGCCGCGAACGAGUCCUAACAGCCCUCGAGGUUGCUAUCAUUUCAGAGUCGAAGAGCUUCUUGGCAGCAUCUGCCUGCCAGAAGAUUGUCGAUGCCGUCUACAGGGGCCGUAUCAUCUACACUCCCACUGCCUUCAUCGAUAUUCUGCCAGACCGCUACAAGAACCGCAGAAUCUCUCUCUACGACCCUCGCAAGGCACCAAUCCUCAACCAAUAUCGUCUCAUUGUUCCUCGCAAUCGCAAGGUCAUUGAGAUCACUCAAUUCUUGGUGCUGUUCGGCUUGUAUCUGCUGACGAUGUUCAACAAGGCCAAGGAGAUAGGACCCGGGCACUUGCACUUCACGACAGUAGAGCUCAUCUUUUGUAUCUAUGGUAGCGGUUGGGUGCUCGAAGAACUCGCAUCCGUCUUGGAGCAUGGUUGGUCGGUACACACCGAGAACUUGUGGGCCUUUAUGGACAUUGCCUUUUCUUUGAUCUACUUGGCUUACUUUGGCAUACGCAUGCACGGUCUGAGGAUUGACUCUGGACCUGUGGGCAAGCAAGCACUCGACAUUCUUUCUCUGGGAGCACCGAUUCUGAUGCCGAGACUGGCAUUCUGUCUGAUGCCUGAGAACAUGCUGUUCAUCGCGUUGCGAACCAUGAUGGGAGACUUCACAUUCCUUACGAUGGUUACUGUGUGGUGCUUUGGUGGGUUCUUGCUUGCCAUGCGCUGGCUCAGCGAGAGUCAAGAAGGCUAUGUUUCGCACAGCUUCCUAACCAUUUCCAAAUGGAUGUUGUGGAUCUGGUUUGGUCUUGACGGCACCGGCAUCACCAAAUCUGUCGAGUUUCACAGCUGGCUAGGACCUUUCCUUAUGGUGCUCUUCGCCUUCAUUGGCAACACGCUCUUCCUGACCAUCUUGGUGUCGAUGCUCAGUAACACGUACUCCAACCUCGCAAAGAACGCCACAGCCGAGAUUCAAUUCAGACGAGCGGUCUUGACUUUCGAAGGUGUCAAGUCAGACACUCUCUUCGCCUUCCGUCCUCCCUUCAACGUUGCUGCUCUAGUCAUCCUCCUACCCAUUAAAUUCCUGACCACUCCCCGCUGGUUCCACAAAGUAAACGUCACAGCAGUACGCGUCCUCAACGCACCCCUUCUCCUCGCCAUCGCUCUCUACGAACGCAAAUACCUCUGGCAACGCAGCUCCAAACUCGGACCGCGACGCCGCCACGCCUUUAUGGAUUUCUGGGAGAGCUUUGGUGCACAUGCAGAUUUGUCCAAUGUGUUUGACGAGGAACCGCCGCAGAGUGUGUUGGACGAGAUGGACGAUAUUGACGAUGUGUUUGGAAAUGACGUUUGGGCUAAUGGGUACAUGAAUACGAUUAGACAGAGAAGAGGCAGCAGGCAGAUUAGCGAGACCAGUUCUGCGUAUCCGGUGUUUAGGCAACGGAGGUCGAGGGGUGACAGUAUACUUCCUGCGGAGACUUGGUAG